AACUUGUCAAAGAAAUGUGAUGUAAACAUAACCUAUUUUUGCUCUAACCUAGAAACUACAAUAAAAACAUGAGGAAAAAGAGUUACAAUUGGAAAGGCAGGGAAGUUGUCGACACGGUAAUUGACAAUACCGAGACAAACAAGAUACAUCUUGAUUUGAACGUAAAGGGCACCUACGACCAAUCCAAUGAGCUAGUUUUACCAUCGAAGAAGCGCAAAACGAAGAUCAAAAACGACAAGUCGAAGGUGACCAGAAUUCUGAGCAAGAAGCAACGAAAACGGCUCGAGAAAGUCGUCGAGAAGAAGAAGAAGAAGGAAGGUCGCGCCGAGCUAUUGGAGGCCUUGUCGCAGGUGCAGGCCACGCCGGAGGAACUGAGCGGCUAUACGUCGAUCGCGUCGAUCCAGACGAUCGGUUUGAAGCGGUACUUCGCCGAUCAGCAGGGGGGUAAAAAAGAGAGGGUGAAAUCGGACGGUGACGAACGCCCCUUUAAGAUUAACAGUAUCGCCGGAUCGAAACGUAAACGUAUAUCUCUCGCUCGAGAGGCACAGAGGGACGAUCCGAAUGUCAUAGGGUUCGAAUCCUCGGGCUCGGAUUCUGAGAGUAGCGACGAGUCCUUGAAAAAAGUGAAAGUAGAUGAAGAACCGCCUGAGGUAGAGGUCGUCAACGGUACAAAUGCCCAAAUCGAAGAUCAGGCAGGUACCGUUAAUGGUUCAGAAGAGAUGCCGGUUGAAGAAGUUAAGGCAGUGGAUCGUAAGCCGGCAAUAUUCGUGCCGGUCAAUCGUUCGGCGGUUGUACAAAAGGCUCGACUGAAACUGCCCAUACUCGCAGAGGAACAGGAAAUUAUGGAGCAGAUCAAUCAGAACUCUUUCGUGGUGCUUGCAGGUGAAACUGGCAGCGGCAAGACGACGCAGGUCCCCCAAUUUCUCUACGAAGCCGGCUACGCGUUAAAGAAAAUGAUCGGUAUAACCGAACCGAGACGAGUGGCGGCGAUUUCGAUGUCGCAACGCGUCGCGCACGAAAUGAAUCUGACAACGGACGAGGUUUCCUAUCUCAUACGUUUCGAGGGGAACGUAACCGACAGGACCAAAAUUAAGUUUAUGACAGACGGCGUUCUCCUGAAGGAGAUUCAAGGCGACUUUCUCCUCGCGAAGUAUUCGGUGAUCAUACUCGACGAGGCGCACGAACGGUCGGUCUACACCGACAUAUUAAUCGGGCUAUUGUCGCGAAUCGUGCCGCUUCGUCAAAAGCGCGGCGAUCCGCUGAAGUUGAUUAUAAUGUCGGCCACGCUUCGCCUGGAGGAUUUCACGCAGAAUCUGCGACUGUUUAAGGUUCCCCCGCCCGUGAUUAAGGUGGAGACGCGCCAGUUUCCCGUUACGAUUCACUUCAACAAGAGAACCUUCGACAACUACCUCAAGGAGGCGUACACCAAGAUCGUGAAGAUACACAAUAAGUUGCCCGACGGUGGGGUGUUGGUUUUCGUGACGGGGCAGCGCGAGGUGAAGACGCUCGUGCGCAAGUUACGCAAGGCGUUUCCGCUGAAACAGUCCACGGGUAUUGAAGAUCAUCUGAAGAAAACCUUGCGACAGGCGAAGAAGAAGAAAGGGGUUACGCCCAUUGACUUGGAUGAUUACAGUGUGCCAGGUGAUAACGAGGAGAGUGGCGACGAGAGCGAUUACGACUCUGAUAUCGGUGACGGUGUCGUGCACACUAAUAAACCCUUGUGGGUGCUGCCAUUAUUCUCCCAGUUGCCCUCUGGAAAGCAGGCCCAGGUCUUCCAGCCCCCACCUGAAGGCUGCCGACUGUGCAUCGUGAGCACGAACGUAGCCGAAACCAGCUUGACGAUUCCCAACAUCAAGUACGUGGUAGACACGGGGAAGACCAAAGUAAAGCUCUACGACAAGGUGACAGGGGUCACCAGCUACAUGGUGACCUGGACGAGCAAAGCGUCGGCGAGCCAGAGGUCGGGACGUGCGGGGCGUAUCGGACCAGGGCACUGCUACCGCCUCUACUCCAGCGCGGUGUACAACGACGCAUUUCAAGAGUUCGCGGUACCGGAAAUUCAGCAAAAGCCAGUCGACGACCUGUACCUGCAGAUGAAGUGCAUGAACAUUGACAAGGUCCAGAAUUUCCCCUUCCCCACCGCUCCCGAUUUGAUGCAACUGAAGACGGCCCAAAGUCGCUUGGAAAUACUCGGCGCGCUGAAGGAGUCCCGAGUCACGCAGCUCGGGAGGGCGAUUGCGAGAUUUCCGGUUCUUCCACGCUACGGAAAAAUGCUCGCCUUGAGCCACCAGCAGAAUCUGUUACCUUACACCAUCUGCAUUGUUGCCGCGCUCUCCGUGCAGGAGGUUCUCCUGGAGACGCCAAUCGCGCAGUCGCCGAUGGAAGCGAAAACGCUGAGGCAGAAGUGGGUGGCUACACGAAAGCAGUGGGCCGGCGUCGGUAAUUCCCUACUGUUGGGCGACCCCAUGGUGCUUCUACGUGCCGUCGGCGCCGCCGAGUACGCCAACGCUGACGGUAAGCUGGAAAGCUUCUGCACGGAAAACGGUCUUCGACACAAAGCCGUCAUCGAAAUCAGAAAGCUGCGCAUUCAGCUGACGAACGAGAUAAAACUAAACGUACCCGACGCCGAUAUCAUAGUCGAUCCGAAACUGCCACCGCCCACCGAUCUCCAAGCCAAACUCCUACGUCAAAUUAUGCUCGCCGGCAUGGCCGACCAGGUGGCGCGCAAGCUCGAUCCCGACGAACUCGCCGAAGGCGAAGACAAGGCGAAGUUCAAGUACGCCUACCGCGCCAACAACAUGGAGGACCCCGUCUUCCUCCACCAAGGCUCGGUACUCAAAAAAACCCUGCCCGAAUUCUGCAUAUUCCAAGAGAUCUACGAGACGAACAAGAUGUACAUGCGAGGAGUGACGGCGAUCGAACCCGAGUGGUUGGCGAUCUACGCUCCGGGCGCGUGUCACUUCAGCGAACCCCUACUCGAGCCCGAGCCGCGCUACGACCCCUCCGCCGGCAAACUGUACUGCACGGUCUCGGCGACCUUCGGUCCGCAGGCCUGGUCGCUGUCGAACGCCGAAAUCGAAUUCCCGAAGUCGAUCGACGCGUACAGGUGGUUCGCGCGCUGUUUCCUCGAGGGUAAAGUCUGCCCCAAGCUGAAGAAGUACUGCGUUCACCUGCUCAACAGUCCGAGUAUGAUGAUUAAAACGUGGGCGAAGUUGCAAUCGCGUACCGAGGUUUUGCUCAAGGCCUUCGUGCAGAAAGAAAUUUUGACGAGGCGCAGAUUGGAGGAGGUCUUUCGGAGCGAACCUAAAUACUUAUUACAAGAAUAUUUACGAUGGCUUCCGGAGUCGGCACAUUCGGAGGUGACGGUAAGCUGGCCACCUGUAGGAUAGAUUAAGGUUGUUAUUUUUUAAAUAAAUUUUAAAGGCGUU